CGAAGUCGGAAAAGACGGAAGUUAGCACAUCACCAAGAGGACCAGAGGCGGAGUAGUUUUCGGGGAAGCACUGACGUGGCCGCGGGAAAUUGAAGUGUGGUGAAUUUGAGGGAAAAGGAAGAGUGCGAGAUAAGGAAUCUAAUAAGUGUUGACGAUACAGUUGAGAGGUUUGAUAUCUGGACUGGAGGUGGGUUGUGGGAAGCGGGCUCCAUAGGUUUCGCCCGACAGCCUAUAUGGGCCCGGUACGACGUGACCGGUGCACCACGACCCCCAACCAACCAAAAGAGACACGAAGAGCUGGUGGCGGUGGUGCGGAGGGAGCUGAAGUGCGAGUGCAACCAAGCGGUACCGUGAGUGUAACAAUGGGCUGUAGUUCAGAUGAUGGUGGUGAUGAAGGGCAGAUGAGAUGGAGUACACACAUGUUAAAAUAGCAAGGAAACAGUCAUGGGCAGAAGCAAGCAGCGAAAAAGAUGAUGAUGGAAGCCAAACAAAGAAAAAAAUAGGAGCUAAAACAAACGGUAAAGAAGAGUGUGGUGAAGAAUGCAAAGUUAUUAUUACAAUGAGCAAAGAUAAAGGACAUUUUCAUUCAUCCAGUUCAUCUGACUAAAGCAAUUGAAAAAGAAAUAGGGAACGUUAAAUACGCCAAAAUGCUCAAUAACAGAAGAAUACUAAUAUCAGCAGCAAGGACAUAUGAUGAAGUUGAAGUACCUUGAUGGUGGAGAAAUACAAGUACACAGGAGAGGAGGAGUCAAAACUGACAGUUUGUCUGUAGUACUUGUAUUUGAAAAGGCAAUACCGACAGACAUACGUAUAGGGGGUAUGAAUUUUAGGGUGUGGGAGUACAUCCCACAACCACUAAGAUGCUAUAAAUGCCAGAGAAUGGGACACACAGCACAGCAAUGCCAAUGGAGGCAAAGGUGGGCAAAAUGUGGUGGACAUCAUGACUACGGGAUGUGUGCUAGCCAUGCUAAGCUAAGAUGCUGCAGUUGUGGAGGAGAACACAGUGGUGGAUGUGAAGUUCAAAGACACGCAAAGAAGUGCAAAAAUAUCAAAGAGAGAAUAAGCUAUCAUAUGCUGAAGCAGUAAAGAAUCUAGCUAUGUGUGUCAUGAAUAAAUAAACCAGUAGAGACUCAGGAAACUCAUAUAGAACAUACAGGACAUGCAGGAGGACUUCCUCAGAGAACACGCCAUGGAAGAUCUCAAUUAGAAUGGACCGCCCCCCCACAGCACUGUAACCAUAAGAGUGGGACAGAAGAAGACACAUUAGUUGGAAAGAAGAAGAACUUUGUAGCUUUGAUAUGUCAAGUCAUCAAUGUGGCCAUCAGGCAAGAAAGGAAAAGUGACAGGAUCAAAACGGUUGUGGAAGCUGCAGAACAAUAUUGAAACAUCAAGGACGUGAAAGCAGAAGAAAUACAUGCUAUGUUGGCUCUCCACAAUGAUGCAGGACCACAGAACGUUCAUCCAACACAUCACGGUACUCCACAUCCUACCAUGGAAUGCAAGAAGUUUCAUAGCCAACGGACAAGAACUUAAGAAAUGUAGAAGAGGAAGUGGGAAAAGACCUGAUAUGAUAUGUGUGCAAGAAACAUGGCUUAGACCCCAUGUGGAUGAUGAGUUGCAUGGCUAUGAAUCAGUGCCAUUCCAUAGAAAAGAAAAGCAACGUUUGUGAGGGAUGGAAUAACAUCCAAUAGAAUAGCAACAUGAACUGAAAUAGAAUGUGUGCUUAUUGAAAGACAUCAAGCAAAUAGAAAUGUCAUCAUGAUUCAUAUGUAUAACCAGUGUCAACUAUUAGAUGGUGAACCAUUGGAGAAGAUCAUAAGCAGGCAUGGUGCUAGAGAGAUCUGGUGUGGGGACUUGAAUGCACGUCAUAGCAAACUGAUCACAAUGGAGCAGUAGUGGAAGCAUUCAUGGAUAUCACACAGUUAGUCUGCUUCAACAGGGGAAAUGUUAGAAGAAUAGAUAUACGCUCAAAUAGAAUGUCUUGGAUUGGUUGAACAUCGCUUGGCAAGUUCCUGAGAAUGGAAUGUACAUGAAAACACAAGUAUAGGAAGUGAUCAUUUCCCCAGAAGUUGGACAGCAAACACCCAAGUAGAUGUCAAAGAAAGACCCAGACAGAAAAAGUGGUGCAUUGGGGAAAAUUCAGGGAGGAAUGUAGCAAAGCAGCAAAUUCAAUAGCAAUGGAAGGUGGCAUAGAGGAAUGCACAGUUAAGAUGACAAAUAAGAUCAUAGAUGCAGCAAUGAAAAGUAUACCUUGGAAGUCAGUUGCAGGGGAAGGAAAAUGGUUCCAUGGUGGAAUGAAAAGUGCACAACAGCUGGAAAAGAGCGAAAUAGCGCACUAAGAAGGUUAAGGAGGAACCUCAGUCAAGAAAAUGUCAUCAAUGAGCAGAGGCCAAAGAGUAAUUAAAAGCAGUAAAGAAAAGGCAUGGAGGGAUUAUUGCUCUGCCAUUGGAAGGCAAAUCAAGAUAGGAGAUGUAUGGUCAAUGUUGAAGAAGAUGAGUGGGAAAAAGGUGUUUGUUCAAACAUGAAUAUUAGCAUUGAAUAAACCUGGUAAGGAUCCAAAGCAUCCUGAGAACUAUAGACCUGUUGCUCUAACAUCACAUCUAUGCAAAUGGAUGGAGAAAGUACCGUACUAGUCAGAAGACUUCAUUAUUUCCUUGAACGUCCACAGUUACUUGCAACUUCUCAGUGUGGUUUUAGAAAAGGACGGUCAACAAUGGAUGCUGUAGUGAAAGUAAGCCAUGAAAUAGAGAAGAGCUUUCCAAUGGAAAACUUGAUGAAUAUUCUAUUCUUUGAUAUUGAAAAGGCUCCAUGUGGCGGGAAGGAUUAUGUAGAUAUUUCUACAGAUGGGUGAAGAAGUGAAGGAGGGAAGGUGGGGAUUGGAAUCUAUGUACCAUCCAUGAACUAUAGCAUUGCAACAAGAUGACCUGAUCAGGUUUCCCUUCAUACAGCAGAAAUGAUGGCGAUGAUUAUUGGCCUGCAAUGGAUAGAGGAAAUCAAAGCAGAUAGAGUGCUAUGUUGUGUGGACUCUGGCAGCCUUAUACAGUAUUCAUCAUAUGGAAUGGACAGUCGCCUGCUCGCUACAAGAAAACUAAACGGUGAAAGAGUUGCUGAAGGAGCGACUCAUGGCGGCAGCUGAUGAAAUAUUGGCGAUGUUUGAAAAAAUGAAAGUUUCCAAAGAGGAGGAACUUUCCCGAACGAGAGAGGAGAAGGAGCGACUUCGACAACAACUGGAAGCUAUUAGCAAGAAUGGAGGAUUGCUACACCUUGGAGACGUCCAGAAGCUGAUCGGUCAUCAAGAACAACGUUCCCUUCAACAAAAGCCCCAGGCUCUCCACGUUAAAGAGGAAGAGGAGGAACUUCAGGAUGAAGAAGCUUUGAGCGGCGACACAGACGGUGAAGGGCGCCACCCUGGACGGUGCACUUUGUCAAUUCCGAUCAAUAUGCGGAGAGGAUGGCGUGUCGGUGGGAUCUGCUGUCAGAGAGCGACACGGCAAAGAUGAAUCCGUGCACAGAUGCCGUCCGCCGGAUGUGGUGGUUUUUCCACGUUGUGUGGAGGAAGUCAGCGGCCUGGUCCAAAGUCUGCCAUAGCCGAUGCCUUCCCAUCAUCCCGUUUGGUAGCGGAACCGGCCUGGAGGGAGGGGUCGGAGCAGUGAAGGAGGAUUUUGAUGUGACGGUGGAGCCCGGUGUGACCCGGAAGACUCUCAAUGCCGACCUGCGGGACACAGGACUCUGGUUUCCUGUUGAUCCUGGACUGAUGGCAGCCUGCAGUGCAUCCACCACCAAUGGAACCAUGAGAGAAAAUGGAGGCGGUCCAAUACUUGCUGACGGGACUAUCAUCCACACUCCUGGCCAGUGUCUCCGAGGCGGUCCAUGCGUGUAGUCCACAGCCAGGAAGGCAAAGGAAUCCAUCCCACUUCGAUGGCUAUGAAGAGGAACAUCACGAUGAAGAGGAUCUGGAGGCCUUUUCCCUUCAACCACUUGACUCCAGUCUUUCUGUGAUCUGAAUGAGAGAAGAUGGAAGAACAUGCUGCUUCUAAAAAAAACACUAUGGGGCUUCAUGGCUGGGGGGGUGUGAGAGCAGACCCCAGUCAGGGCCAGCAAGUGAAAUAAAAGUGUGUAGUCGGCUUUAAAGAGAUUGUGUCAGGAUUCUUACGCACAAUGACAUGGUGAAUGAAUGAAUGCAUGACGACUAUAAUCAUUCAUUAUUGUCGUAAUGAAUGAUCGUGAAAGCACCCGCUCCCUGAAAUGCUGUAGCUAGCAUGCUGACUCCUAGCCCUGAUGAGCUAACAUGCCAACAUGCUAACAGCACACUUUAUAUUACGUUUACACAGAUGAAAAUGGCCUAAAUGCUAACAUUA